GAAAAGCGAGCAACACGAGCAGACGGUCACACAGUUUGAACAAAAGCGGAUAUCUGGUCAAUGCAGCGCCGCAGCUGCGACCAAAACAAAUGGUUACAGUUAAAAAAGAGGAAAAAGAGGAGCGCCACACGUCCACUGAGCCACGCGAGAAGCCCCCGGCAACACGGGAAUUUGCGGGGAAAGGUGCGCGUUAAACAGCAACAAAACGAGAGAGCGCGAUUUCGCCUGUGUAAGUGAGUGAGCCCGUGAGUGGGAAAGGAACACCAAGAAGUUGGCUGAUAAAACGCGCACACAAACACACGCACGCAGAGCAGAGUGGGGAAAAAUAGAAAAAUAAAUAUCGAAAAAUAAUAAUAAUCAGCAAGCAGGAGAAGAAGAAGCAGCAGCAGCAACGGCGACGGCAGUAAACACACAAGUGUAUAGUUGUGAUCGAAAAUCGAAAGUGUGAAGCAUUUUCUAUAAAUAGUGCAAAAUCAAAUCCAAAUUCCCAGUGGAAACAACUAAGAAAAUAUAAAGAAAAAACUCAAUCGCAGUAACAAUAACAAAAGCGAGCAAGGAGUACGUGUACGCGACGGCGCGUUCCUCGAAUCGCCGCCUGAAUUCCGUGACUACACACACACACACAGAAAGAGUGAUCGAAAUCGAGAUCCUUCAAGAUGUCUUCGCUGGACGCGCGCAGCAACUCUGCGGUGAUGAAGCGGGCGGAGCAGCUCAAACGCUGGGAGGAGUCCGACACUAAUCGCGCUGCCCCCACGCCCCGCCACGAGCACGGCCGACGGAUAAAGUUCAGCUCGGGUUGCGUCUUCCUCGCCGCCUGCCUAUCCGGCGACAAGGACGAGGUCAUACAGCUGCUCGAUCAGGGCGCCGACAUCAACACGGCCAAUGUGGAUGGACUGACCGCUCUGCACCAGGCCUGCAUUGAUGAUAAUCUGGAUAUGGUGGAGUUUCUGGUGGAGCGUGGUGCCGAUAUCAAUCGACAGGAUAAUGAGGGCUGGACGCCUCUCCAUGCCACUGCCUCAUGCGGCUUUGUGAGCAUAGCUCGGUAUCUGGUGGAGAAUGGCGCUGAUGUGGCCGCUGUAAACAGCGAUGGUGAUCUGGCCUUGGAUCUGGCCAUUGAUGUACAACACAUGGGCAUGAUUGACUACAUGGAGAAGAUGGUGCAGGAGCUGAACAUCAAUGUGGAGGAGGCUCGCAAGGCCGAGGAGCAGGCAAUGCUGAACGAUGCCAAAAAGUGGCUACGCAGCGAUGCCGCCGAGGUGGACAGGCCGCAUCCAAAAACGGGUGCCACAGCGCUUCAUGUGGCCGCUGCUAAGGGUUAUACGAAAGUGCUGAGCCUGCUCCUAGCGGGACGCGGCAAUGUGGAUCGCCAGGAUAACGAUGGCUGGACACCACUGCAUGCCGCGUCGCAUUGGGGCCAAAGGGAGACGGCUGAGAUGCUCGUUGAAUCGUUGGCCGAUAUGGAUAUACGCAACUAUGCCGGCCAGUCCUGCAUCGAUGUGGCCGAUCGCAAAAUAGUCAAAUUCCUGGAAGAAUUGCGUGCCAACAAGCGCAACAAGCGACGACCAUCUAGUCAAAUCAGCAGAAUCUCAGAUGCGAUCGAAAAUCAUGUGGAUAAGACGCCCACGAAACUGGUGCGCGUUGAAGUGAGAACUGAUGCCACAAAGGAUGCUGAAAACGUUAAGCCUAAUCAGCAGAUCCACGCUGCCGAUCAUCAUCCAGUCGAGGAGGAGGCGCCUUGGCGACGAAAACUGCCACGUACACCCAACGACAGUCCCACUAAUAAUCAAGUUCCUGAUAGAGAGCUUAGCAGCAAUAGCUCGGAGACCGCCAACGAUGUCAUUUUGCGACGCACGCAAAGCUUCGAGAAUGAUCAAAAAUUCUAUCAAAAGUACAAUGAGCUGCGGGCCCGCAUAAAGGCCAAUUCCUGUCCCAUACUGCCGGCGAAUGCGAAUCCUAAUGCCGCUGCUGCUAAUAAUAAUUCCAAUAAUAAUAAUCAUCUAAGUAGCAAUAACAAUAAUAAUAGCAACAAUAAUAACAACAACAAAAGCGCUCUGCUGUUGGGAUAUGCUGGCACAACAACAAGAACAAAUACAUCGACAACAACAAGCACAUCAACAACAGCUAGUACAUUCAACAACACUCACUCAAACACCAACAACACAAGCACAACACCACAACAACAACAACAGCCAGCAACAGCAGCAGCAUCGGCAACAACAAAUCAAUUAUAUAGCGUUCAAAGAUCGGCAUCCCUCAAAGAUAACUCAAUGUAUUACAGGAAAUCGACUGUUACGAUUGCCACGCCCACAAGUACAGCAGCCACGGCAAACACGACGGCACUCAGUUCACCUUCGACAACUGUACAGAACCCACCAAUACGCAGCCAAGUUACUGCAAAGAAUGCAGCCCAGAGCAACAAUGGAAGCUCGUCCACGGCCAGUGCCGCCAGCGAUGCGGAGAGCUCAAAGCCGCCACCCAAACAAUCCACGGGCAAUAUUAUCAAGAACUUCUUCAAAUCCUUUGUGCCGCCGGUGCGAGAUGAGGAAAGUGAAACGCAGCGAAAGGCGCAUGCCAAGCGCGUAAGGGAAACCCGCCGAUCAACCCAGGGCGUUACCCUCGAUGAAAUCAAGAGUGCUGAGGAGCUGGUGAAGAAGAAGAACCUAGGCAUGGCCAACAACAAUAACAACAACAAUAUCAACACCACCACCACGAACACGAUUAGCAACAGCAGCAACGAAACAAGCGCCGCACCAUCCAGCAGUGAUCAGCGGGAGGAGACGCAACCGCCGCCACCGCCCACCACACCACCGCCAGCAAUAAUUCCCACCACAACGACGGCCACCGAUGAGACGGAAAUUGAGGAGUUGGUGGCUACCCAGCCUCCCCCAUCAGCUGCGAGCGACACCACAGCUAGCUUCACCUUAUCCGCUCCGGCACGAAGAUCCAUCUCCUUGGGUGAUGGUGAGGCCAGUAGCGAGACGGAAGCAACGGAUCAGUCAGUGGUCAGUGCCAGCUACACGAUAGUUUCCAAGAGGGAAAAGCUACCACCCGUCAGCUCGGAGGAGAGUGCUGUGGAGAGCACCAAACAAAAGACUGAUGACACCAAGAAUACCGUUACUGGCACAGAAGAAAAGGCAGAAGUGGAGCCGCAUAUUAGGCCUACGGAUCUGCCACUGAUUCCCACAUCUCCGGCCAUGAAAUCAUCAUCGACGGCCACCACGCCCGCUGCCCUCGAGAGUCCAGUGCGCUUGCGGGACAAGCGGAGCCUAACGGGGAGUCAGGAUUCGGAGACCAAGUCCGAUACCGCCUCGCCUGUGUCCACGCAUCCGGACUUUAAUGCCCGCGACUCUCUACUAAGUCUCUACGCCCGACGCACGACCGAUAGCAGCAGCGCGGGAGGUGGUGCUGGCGGUGGUGCUGCUCCCUCGUCUUCGUCGGCAGCAGAGCGGCGUCCAUCUUGGCGCCUGAAAUUCGAUGCCGGCUCCAAGUUUAAGCUGGAGGAUAUAACCAGCGGUGGUACAUAUCCGCCCAACAACAGCACCAUUAUACCCAGUGCUCCGGCGGUGAUGGCAGCCGCCAAUCUGUCCACCACCACUGGUGUGCAGCGGCGCAUUAGUAGCGGUCCCAAUGCAUUAAAUGCUUCCAAUCAGUCGCUCAACUCUGUGGGACGUCCUGUUUCCGCGCCCAGCGAGAGCUCAACAAACAACAGCAGCGCCUAUGUCACGCCCUCGGCUCGCAAAUACGAAACGAAUGCCACUUCAACGGCAUCAGCGGCGGCAACGAAUACUAACACAACCUCCAAUUCAGUGUCUGCAACCAGUGCCAAUCAUGCAACGACCGCGGCGAGCAACGCUACGUCCAACCAUGACGAUAAGGAUAAUGACAAGGAGAACGAUAAUCGCACACAGACCGUCAUCCAGAGGCGCCGCAAACCGAAGCGCAGAUCCACGGGUGUGGUGCACAUCGAUAUGGAUGAACUGGACCCCGAGCGUCAGACCGAAUCCAACAACGACAACGAGGAUAAGGAGAAGGAGAGUGGCAGCGAGCGGACAUCCCGCUCCAGACUUGGCAGCACAGCAAGCACGGCCACCACGAGUGAGUCCAAGAGCGACAAGGCAGAGAACGGCGAUGGCAUUGACUACAAGGCGCUCUGGGAAGCGGCCAAAUUGGAGAACGAUAAGCUGAAGCAGAUGCUCAAGCAAAAGGACGAUGAAGUUGUGCAAACACGUGCCACGCUCGAGCGUUUCGCCAAUGCCACAUCGAAAAAUUCACUAUCUGAACUUGAGAAACGCGAAAGAAGAGCUAUGGAACGCAAGCUUUCCGAGUUGGAAGAAGAGCUCAAGCUGUUGCAGAAGCUAAAGACUGAGAACGACCGUCUGCGUGCCGAGAAUCGGGCCCUCACACGGGUCGUCUCCAAGCUGACCACCUCGGCUCAGAGUCAGCUGGCCAAGACCAAAUAGGCGCAGAUCAGAAAGCAUUUAGAUUGCCCCAGCACCAGCACCCAAAAAUCGAAAACCAAUUAAUAAUACUCAAAAAGCCACAAUAUCUGAAAAUCUCACCUUCCCUUUGCUCACGCGCACAAUGUCGCGAAUAUCGUUUCUACAUAAACUAUAUAUUUAAUACACCUUGAUGUCGUUGUUAUAAAUAAAUAUAAAUAUGAUAUAUAAGGAGACAGGAGUGCCACAGAAAUUUCUGUGGAUUUGAAAUCAAUUUAAAUGGAGCCCAAAAGUUUGCUUUAAAAUGUAACACAAGAAUUUGCGAACUGAAAAUAUUUCACUGCAUACUUGCAAGCGCAGUUUCAAGUGAUUUAAAUUCUGUGGCACUUUUGAUAAUUAAAUAUACACAACUCUUUUGCGAGUAACAACAAUAACUAAAUGUAGCGUAGAUAAAUUAAGUUCACAUUGAGCUGAGAUCAUUGGUAAUACAUAUAAAGGCAUUACACAUACUCCCCAGGAGGCAAUAUUCUCCUCUUUUGAUAAAAAAACAAAUUUCACUAGUAGAAAAAUUUAUAAAUAGUACAAUAUUUGUUUGUUAAUUUGGUUAUCUAAAUUAUACGGUUUGCGAAUUUAUCAAAAUACUUGUAUCAAAUAAGGGAACUACUCUUUAAAUCAAAACUAAACCCACACACUCGAAUCAAAAAGAAUAAAGCUCUUCGAAACCAACGAGAUUAAUCAUCAAACCCCCACCACAAAAGAAAAAAAAAGAAAGAAUUGAGACAAGAAAACAGCAUCAGCAAAUCCCAGGAUCCCAAGGAUCGGUCAGCUAUAUCAGAGAGCGAAGAAGUGGUCUGGUUGGUGUGAUGCUGGAAACUUAAUGCAACUCGAUGCCUACAAGUCGGAUAAUCAUCGCCUGAAGGAGGAGAACGCCGCGUUGAUUAGA